UACACGUGAGGCGUGUAAACUGAAGAAAAUUAUUAAGGCUUUCUGACGCGUUCGUAAGUCGCGACGCUCUUCUCGAGUACUUACUCCAAUUAUUUUCCCGAGAGAAAGAGAGAGAGAGAGAAGUCUUUUUCUGUUCGUGAGAGAAACACAUAUAAUACAUCUUAGUCACUCGACGGAUCCUCGAUUGCAUCUCUCAAACACGACAACGGUGACUGCCUACUCGAUGCGAACAGGGAUGGGAAUACAUUGUUUCUCAUUGUAGAGAGACUGCAGAAAUGCAGAUACUCCCUCUGAACUUCUUUCUGUAUGCUGCCAGCGGUAUGUGGCGACCGGUCGAAUGGUCUUCGAUCGGCUCCACGCUGCUGUACAGCGUGUAUACCAUCUUUAUGUUAUAUCUCAUGUUCUUUCUACUGCUGACUCAAUUCCUGGAUAUCGUCCUUGUUGUUGAUAACGUGGAGGACUUCACUACGAACUCUUUACUUUUCAUCUCGGUGAUCAGCGCGUUCAGCAAGAUCAUCACUGCCUUGGCUUGUCGCGGCCGUAUUGUCAAUCUAAUUGAAAUACUGCAAGGGCCACCCUGCAGGGUCUGCGAUCAAGAGGAGAUGUAUAUCCAGGCGAAAUUCGAUCGUUCAAUCAGAUCGCUCUCCUUAACUUACUUGUUUCUCGCGACGAUUUCCUCCGUCGGAGCCUUAGCGGGAGCGGUGCUCGCCAUCUUAGAAGGCCAAUUACCCUUGAGAGUGUGGGUGCCUUACGAUUACAGCUCACCUCUCUUAUUCUGGCUCACAUCCGCUCAGCUGCUGUUAGCCGUGGUGAUCGGUACGAUCAUCAACAUCUCCACCGAGACCUUGGUGUACGGGCUUUGCUUGCAAACGUGUGCGCAACUCGAGAUUCUGGCGCACCGUCUCCAAAGGGUGGCGCACUCAAGCGAAGGGGUGGGACCUCGCGAAAGCCCACCGAACGAUACGUCGUGGAACAGGACGAACAGAUUGUCAAAACACAUCUGUCAUCACCUGUGUAUAAUCAGAUACGCCGAACAGGUCAACGAGAUAUACAAUCAAGUGUUCUUUACCCAAUUUUUCGCCAGUAUACUGGUGUUAUGUUCGAGCCUAUACCAUCUAUCUUCUCAUUUGACAUUAGAGGACAUCGCGACUAUGGCAGCCUACACGUUCUGUAUGUUCGUGCAGAUUCUCGUUUAUUGCUGGGCCGGGAACGAAGUUAUGCUUAAGAGCGCAGGUCUAAGCGACGAGAUAUAUCAAAUGGACUGGAUACUCAUGACGAUCAGCGAACGGAAAGAUCUACUGAUGAUCAUGAAGCGCAGUACGAGACCCAUCAAGUUCACCAGCAGCUUCCUGGUGACGUUAUCUCUGAGCUCGUAUGGCAAUCUACUUAAGGCAUCCUACUCUGCGUUUAACGUUUUGCAGCAACUCAGUGGUAUAUGGCGGCCUCGCGAGUGGUCGUCGUGUUUCGCCAAGCUAUUGUACAGCGCGUUCACUGUAUGCUCGGUAUUCCAGUUGUACUUCAUGAUGAUAACUCAGUUAAUGGAUCUCGUCCUUGUCGUCGAUAACAUGGACGAUUUCAUUAAUAAUUCUCUAUUGUUGGUAAGUGUUAUUGUCGUUUCUUGCAAAGCCACAGCCGUUGCGUUACGUCAAAGGGCGAUCACCAAUUUGACGGAAAUGUUACUGAACGACACGUGCAGACCACGCGAUGAGGAGGAGUUGGCAAUACAAGCGAAAUUCGACGAAUUUAUCCGGUCAUGCACGAUAAAGUACAUAUUUAUGACGACCGUCUCUAUGACAAGCAUCGUGUUGAGGUCAGUGCUGGAUAUCAUGCACGGCCAUUUACCUAACAAAGUGUGGGUGCCUUAUGAUUUGAAUAAAUCUCCCUUGUUUCUGAUCACGUCGAUCAAUCAGAUCAUCGUUGUGAUAGUCGGCACUUAUAUCAACGUCGGCUCAGAAACCUUGAUAUUCGGUUUUAUUUUGCAAACAUGCGCCCAGCUGGACAUUCUCAAGAGUCGUCUCAAUAAAUCGGUGAUUAAACAAGCGGCCGGCUACCGAGAUGAUCGGCCGUUCUCGUUAUCAAAUAAGGGACAGUCGAUUAUUUCGGAGCACAUACGUCAUCACAUCAACAUUUACACAUACGCUAAAACGGUGAACAGCAUAUUCAACGAGGUGCUUUUUGUCCAAUUUUUUGGCAGUAUAUUGGUGUUGUGUACAUGCGUAUAUUAUAUGUCGAUGCAUAUCACAGAGUCCAAGGUUAUGGGUAUUGUGGUGUACACUGCUUGCAUGUUUGUGCAGAUCUUCAUUUUUUGUUGGUCUGGAAACGAAGUUAUGAUCAAGGUGCGAGAAAGCGUGAAUUUGGCUGACGCCGUGUAUCAAGUAGACUGGUGUUUAUUAUCGAAUAGCAAUCGUAAAGAUCUAUUGAUGAUCAUGAGACGCAGCACAGUGCCUAUAAAGUUCACCAGUAGCUUUUUGAUAACUCUGUCUCUUCAGUCCUACGGCAACAUUCUGAAAACGUCGUAUUCGGCAUUUAAUGUACUACAAUAAUCUUGAGAUGUUCACUGGUAUUCAUCUCUCAUAUCUUACACACGGAGAAAAUUUUAUCGUAAAAGUUAAAAAUAGAUUUAUCGUAAAAGUUAAAAAUAGAUUAAAAAUAGAUUUCUUUUUACAAUAUUUUUCGUAAAGCUGAACUAUAUCGAUAUUGUAAUAUGAAUUACCACUGAAAUAGUAAAUUUUAUGUGUUAGCACAUAUCAAAAGAUGCAUCAUUAAGAAUUACACACAGUUUGUAAAAAUUACACCAUCGAUGAAAUAACUUGCUACAAAAUUCGAAUUGUACAUAUAACAUAUGUUUGCAUUGCGCAGAGAUAUAUUGCAAUGAUUCACCGACAUGUCAAUUAAUUUUUGU